CCCCUUCGCUCCGACGGCGGACAAGCGCGCGCGCCGUUCGGCGCCGCAAUUUCUCGGGCCUUGCGUGCAGCGUCUUCGCAUGGUUCGCUCCACGACCUUCGCUCGCCUCCUUUCCCGACGGACUCGGUGGCUGCCAUUAUCGUCGCCAGUGCCGCGAGUCGUGUUGUCGCAAAGUGUAUCUGACGCGUUUCACUGGCCGGAAGGACCGGACUUGUUUCGCUGCGCGGCGAUCACGUCUGGCCUGCCAACUGCCCGUUGUGCCCGCCUUCCUGCCUUCUAUCCUUUCUCGGCCCCUGGAAGGACACCGCGUCUACCCAGGAACUCCCGCUGUACGUUGUAAACCCCCUGGUUAACCCUAGGCUCCCGGCCGACGUGACCCGAGACAGGCGCCGCAAAGAUGGCAGCGUUCGUAGCAAAGCAGAUGAUGGGCAGCAAGCUCAAUGCCGUCAAAGGCCAGAUCGGAGGGGACGGGGAGACCUCGGAAGACAAAGAAGCCGAAGCCGAAGCGGAGCAGGAGCGGCUCGAGGCGCUACGGGAAGCCGAGGAAAGACGAAAGGAGAAGCACCGGCGGAUGGAGGAAGAACGUGAGAAGAUGAGGCAGCAGAUCAGAGACAAGUAUGGCAUCAAGAAGAAGGAGGAGGAGAAGCCUGCCGAGGUGGAUGAUUUUGCCGCUGGCAGUCUCAAUCGGCGAAAAAAGACACCCGAGGAGAUCGCCGCGGAAAACGAGGCCGCGGAACAGGAUGAUCUCACAAGACUGCGGAACACCAUCGAGACGCAGGUGAACGAGCUGAAGUCGAGCAUCGAAGGCAAGUGCGUACUGCAGUGAGUGCGGGCCUCCAGCUAUGCAAGCAGCAGGGCGCAGAGCUGCGCCGCCUCCGCAGAACACCGACGACGACGCAGAGCAAGGCCGCACGGGACGGGGGAGGGCACAGGGCCGCCUUCCCCGGGCCGCUUGCUAGAACGGAUACUCUAUUUUUCGCCCAGAGGCUCGCGCCCAGCAAAAUACGCGCUCUUCCAGCAGUGGCGGCCUGCCGGGGGCGCGCUCGGAGACACGCCACCAAGGAUACAAAACGAAAGUACAACGGACGAGCGCCGGCAGAGACGCGGCUACAGCCGGUUCCCCCAGUCGUCUUCCCCUCGGCAGCGAGGCUGAAUCGGCCAUUGGCCCCCAAAAGGCGCUGCCUCCCAGCGCGCCCCCCUAAUCGGAACCGGGCCGCCUUCCCCUACACCGCCCGGCGGCUGGGCCCGCGGGCCGCACGGCUGACCACGUGUUCGCGUCACGGCGCUUUUCCUUAGCGCCCUCCGCGGGGCCUCUGCAGUCGCCGAAAUGUUGCUGUUGUUCGGCGUCGAACGUUAGAAGGCCUUGAGGAGCCAUGUUGAACCCAGCGGAUUGCAGCUGGGCCUUGUGAAUUCGUGUCCCUCUCUUGUCCCCUGCGUAACCUUCGAUGUCUAAUUCCGAAGAUUGGAACUAUAGUAGUAUUGAGGAGAAAAAAAGAACGCGCGUGCUUUUCACGACAAGUAGACCGUGAUGAAUAAAAACAAGUAGUGAGACGAGGUUUUCUACCUACUUAUGCAUCUUCUUGUGUUUUAUAAGAAAUUUAUGCGGACCCUAGCAGAGGGAGUGGCGGUGUCAAGAACCCCGACCACACCACAGGUCGAGGCAUCAGCGCAGCAAGCUAGCUUUCGUGGGAUCUUUCUCCUUCCUUUUCUUGUUUUCGGAGAGAAUGAAGGGCGCUCGCGGGAGCUCGGUACAUUCUCUCCAGGUCGCGAACCAUAGGUGACAUGCGUCAUGAUUCUACUCAGCGCCUACGAGGUCGAUCGAACUCGUCGAAGCCGUGCGGUCCGCGGCGUGCGGGACGUCCGCACGCGGUCGGGUACGCGACUACACUCCAUUCCUGGCUUUUCUGAGCCGAAGGCGAAACUGUGAGCAGCGCGCAUGUCUUAUCCAAGUUUUCGGCGUGGUCCACAUGAGCCAUUGAUGUUUUGUUUUUAUCGUAAAGCAGCGCAGACGUCGCACUGGCGCUGUAAGCACUGACCACUUUCGACCGAAGACCACGUGCUGUUUGCACCAAGUGAACUGCCACCGCCAAAGAUCUCUUGUAUAGACGCUGGCCUGGAAGUGCAGUCCCUGUUCCUCGCUCGAUCAUCGGAUGCCACUGGCGCCUUCUGCCAGCGCUUUUGGCACGACGCCAGUGCGUCCAGCGAAAGUUCUGGCUAACGCCGAGACGCGCAUGCUUUCUUGUGCGUCGAGCCAGUUUUUAUUGGUCUGAAGGUGUAGGUAUAGAAGCGCGUAAGGCCUUGGUGUUGGCCAACGCACCUUCAUGCGUCAGUAGUUGCGCUUCGCCUUAUGUCCAAUGAGAGCUGGCACGGUGCGCGUGCAGUUUUGCCUCGGUUCGCGAGAAGCCGGAAUGGAAUGUGGGCCCGGGGCGGAAGCGGCGUUCUCGGACCCGGAAACGGCCCCGACCACAGCGCGCCAGACAGUUGCUCAAUCGGGGAAGAACGCGCGGACGGCCGAGCGGCGGACGAGCUGCGGGAGCCUCCUGAUGGAGUCGCCCGCAGCUGAGCCCGCGCACCCCUCCCCCUCCUUUUCCCUUCUCGGCCUAUGUCUAUUUCUAGCUUUUCGUGUACAUAUGUGACAACCUCCUGUAUCGUUGUCCUAUCUGGGGUACGGCUGCCUGCCAUUGUGUGUUGUGCAGUAUUCGCCCCCGAAAUGCGGUGUGUAACCGUUUUGCUGUGACGUAUGUGACUCUCUCGCGUCUUGGAGGGGAAUAACUGUCUAUCAAACAGUGGCCAUGUUUCAAGCGACGUAUCGACGUGCAAUUUUUGCCUUUUGUCUAAAUACACGAGCUAGGCUGUCUGUUUGUUGUUGUUGUUUUUUUUUUUCUUCCCGCUUUUGUCUGACAUGGAAAAGCCGGGGAGGAGAGGGGAAAAAAGGAACCGAAGACACAACUUUCUGGCUUCGACACAAACGGUUCAAUUCUUGAUGUUGUCGACAUUAAAAUGACCGCCGUGGUUGUA